UGAUAGCAAGCGAAUAUGCCGGAUCCUUUUCUCCGUUGCGGAGAUAGAGAAGAAGAAAAUCUAGAGAGAGAAACAAAAGAUAAGGUAAUUGAAGAGAGAGAAAGUGACCGGAAAAUCAAGAAAUCUUGAAAAACUCAAUGGAUUUGCUAAAAGAUUAAAAGUUUGAAUCGAAGGAGGUGGUGAUAAAAUAACCCAAAAAAAAAUCCAAGAUUAUAUUUUGAAAGAUCGGUUAUCGUCUCCGACUAUCUUCAAUCCCCGGAAAAGCUAUCGGACAUGGCACGAGGCAGCAGAGCGAAGGCCGCCGCCGCCGGAGAAGCGAUCGGAUCGAGGCAGAUGGUGGGGACUCAACAACAAGAGGACAACGAACCUCGCUACCGUGGUGUUCGAAAGAGACCAUGGGGUAGGUUCGCCGCCGAGAUCCGUGACCCAUGGAAGAAAGCUCGUGUUUGGCUAGGCACCUUCGACUCCGCGGAGGACGCCGCUCGUGCCUACGACGCUGCAGCCCGGUCCCUCCGUGGUCCCAAGGCCAAAACCAAUUUUCCGGUAUCAGACGAAACCGCCGAGCACGUAACCGAUGAUCAGCACCACCAACGGGGUUUCUAUGAAUUUCAGGAUUUCAAUAACCAGUCUCGGCCGACGACGAGCAAUCUGAGCAGCACCGUCGAGUCGACGAGUGGACCUCGCCCGUCAAAUCCACCGCGUGUAAGAACCCACCAACGAUUAAAACCGCCGGCAGCACCUCCUCACGACGACGACGAUUGCCAUAGUAAUUGUGAUUCGUCGUCUUCGGUGGUCGAUGGAUAUUACUGCGACGCCGAUCUCUCAUCAUCUUCCCGUAAACCCUUACCUUUCGAUCUCAACCUUCCUCCGCCGUUGGAUGACAUCGGAUUUUCCUCUAACCCAAUUGACGAAGCCGACGCCGAUGCCGAUGACUUAUUCGUCACCGCGCUUUGCCUAUAAAGUUUCUCCGACAUCGAUGACCAAUAUGCGCACCCUGCUUUCUCGAUCUCGUCUGCAAAUUUCUUGUUUUUUUUCCCAAGAAAAUCAUCAUCCGUGGGGAAUUCGAAGAUGAAAAUUUCUGGGCUCCAUGUUCUAGACCUAAUCUCCUGCUUCAUUUGUCGGGAGUAUGCUUUAGUUCAGUGUAUGUAACUAUGUAAUAACUCUGGUUGGUUUAUAAAAUAGUAAAUUUUUGUUUAUGACAGAAGGUUAUACUUUAAAAAACUUGAAACAUUUUGUCAUCGUUUUAUCUUGAUUUUAUAAUCGUUGUACAUAAUGUUUCAUUUUAUAAGAGCUAUUGUAUUUUAAAAAAAAUUAAUUCCGUUUGAACAAUAUUAUUCCACAAGUCUAGGUUACAUCGAAUCUUUUUCUUGGAUUCGAACUUUGUUUGUGAAAGCCAAAUACGUAAGUCAUUUGCAUUACGUAUACGUUUUCAACAACCCAAGUGUAGUUUGAUUUUGAUAGCUAGUCAUCUUUAGAAUUUUGGUGAAACAUUAAAACGUAAACAUCCAAGAGCAAAUAUUUCUUGUGACAUUAAAAUGUAAGUUUCCAUCCUGCAAGAUGAUGGAAAUGCAUAGAGCAUAGAAAUGUGGGGUGCGGGUAGUCAGCAAAGGAUUUGGAUUGCCUAGUGAUGAGCACAAGCACCUGAAUCGGUGAAGAGUGAUCAAUGGAUGUAUGUGGUUUCACAAGAUUGCCCAAAUUGAAAAAAAUCCACAUUUUACAUAAACUCAUACUAAAACUCUAAUAACGAAAGCUACAAAAAAAAAAAAAAAAAAAUAA